GACUUUAUGCGCCCUACCGCGGUGCUGAUCCAUCCGUGCUCCCGUUCCGCUCGACGGCGGAUGAUUCGAUCGCUUAUAACAUUUUAUGCGGGACAGUAGGAGGCGUUAUCCAACCAGCACCCCUCCCGGCGACUGGCGAGUCUUUUGACUGCCCGCGCCGCCUCCAAAAUCAUCGACGCUGGGGCGAGAGCGAGAAUUCUCGUUCAUCGAUCUCGCGAAGUGGGGCCCAGCUUUGAUCUAGGGUUUGAUGCCUCCCCCAAGCUGGAUGUGCUCUAGAUGGACGCGGCCGACCCCUUCUCCCUCCGCUCGUGUUUGAUCGCCGCCGGAUCCACCGCUCUGUGCUGCCUCUGCGCCGCUUGGGUGCUCCGGUGGCGCGCCGGGUGGAGGGAGAAGAAGAAACAGCAGCAACAGCCGCAGCUCUGCGGGUGCGGCGGAAGUGUAGGAGAGGGGCACAUGGAGGUGGGCGAAAAGGUCGCGGAGGAUCGGCAGGCCGGCGGGUCGAUGAUAGAGCAGCUGGCGCCGGAGAUCACCACGGACGCGCUCAGCUUCCUCGACUAUGCCAGCCUUUGCCGGCUCUCAAUGACGAACUCCGUGAUGAGGAAGGCUGCCAACGACGAUGGCGCCUGGAAGGUCCUCUAUCACAAGGACUUCAAUGUAGAACAGGAGACCGUUACCCCGACAAAUGGAUGGAAGGCUUACUAUGCUGUCACAAAAGCUAUUAUGGAUGUGAAUGCGAGAUUCUACAAUAUAAUCAGAGAGGGCUCGCUUCAGGCAAUGAGUUAUCUAUGGCUGAAUGCCGACUAUGUAAAAUGCAUACAUGAAUCUGGUGGAAUAUUCACAGGGUACGACGCGGUAAUAGAUAGAUGGGCAUUGAUAUUCAGCUGGGGGGUUCCAGGCAAUGAUGGACAUGGGAUUGAUACCCAAAUACAGAAUGUGAGAGUUCGUAUUCUUGAAGGCGCGGCAUGGGUCACCAUGGACGCUUACAUUGAUGUGGACUUUGGGCUGUUCCGCGUCACCAAUGUGUAUGAGUUCCAUGACGGCCAGUGGUUCAUCGUCCAUCAUCAUAGCUCGGUAAUGAUGCAAGAAGAUCCACAUAACAUAUUUGGCUGAGCAGGCUAUCAUCCUUCUCGUUCAUUUUGCACAACUAUAUAAUGUUUAAGCUUUGAGCUACCGAUAAGUUUAUGUUGGAUAAUUUUGCCUAAGUUUUAGGCUCGAUAGGUUGUAUUUGUGGAACAAAGCUUGAUUGUUGAAUAUAGAUCUUGAUCACGAAAUCGUGGAAUAGAACUUA